AUGUAUUAACUAUUAUAAUAAUUCUAGUGCAUUAAAAAAGUAAACAGAAAUGGGUUUUGCAAUGGAACUACUUUUAAAGGUUUUUUGUGUGGGAAUGUUGUUCUUUCAAGGCACCAUUAUGAAUUUGUAUUUAACGCGAUUACAUAACUAUUAUUGGUGGUUGUGGUAUGUUGCUGACAUUCUUGUUGUGUGUGCAUGGAGUGGAAGCUUGUAUGCAGCAUAUGUACGAAAGCGUAGUGAUGUCCCAGAUGGUAGAGACCCAACACAAGAACCAGAUGAGAUAAAAUAUUCCUACAUUGUUUGGAUAGUCUAUGCCCUCAUGCUUUGCCCUAGAGUUAUUCUUUUGUUCAAAAAAGAAGCUCGUCACUUGGAGGAAAAAGAUUUUCUUGGACCGAAUUUCCUUAAAGUUGGUGUGGCAUGUACACCACUUAUAUUUCUGUUGCUGGUCAACGGACACCAUAAUUCGAAACCGUUUUCCGCUCGAAAGUAUUUUAUUGCAUCGUUAGGUGGCACUAUAACGCUUGAUUUGUUCGAUAGCAUUGAUUUAUUAGAUUUUCUCUUUUUACCAGAUGAACGAAAAGUACCAGGUGCUGCUAUGGAUGCCACUUUAGCAUUCGCUUGCAUCAAUUUCUUUCUUCCAGCAUUGGCAUUAAGUGAGAUAAGAGUAAACAGGUUUAAUGGACUGUUACCAUCUCUGCCUUUUAAGUUGAUGUAUGAAGGUUGCUAUGCGUUUUUAGUCAACGUUCCCAACUUAGUUAUUCGUUCUGUUUUGUGGCACAAAUACGACAUGGAUGUUUCUAUUUUGAUCAUGAAGAAUGUUAUGUGCAUAGCCUUGGGUGGUAUGGAAAUUUACGAGUAUUUCUGUGGUGAGGAUCAUGCAGUAAAAUGUCCGUGUUGUAGUAAUUACUUUCAAAAGUCAUACAUCACUCAACACACGGAAACUUGUCAGAAAAACUUUCAUGACAAAAUGCCGUUGGACCCAAGACUGUAAGCUGUGUUAAUAGACUGAAGCUCCAUGUUUUCUCCCUAUAGUACAAACGUAAUGUGAAGAGGUUAACAUUCUCUUUUUGUUUACCAUUAGACCUGUAGCAACCAGUAACGACUCUGUUUUUGAUGGUGUUGCACCAGAUAACUAUUUUAUUAUUACAUUGCCUUAAACGAUCCUUAACAUGUGUAAGCCAAAAAAAUAAAAAGGAUCCCGUUUUCUAGAAGAAAUGCAUUUAUGAAUUUGUUAUUUUAGCUGUGAAAGUUUGUAUUAGUUUAAUAUAUUUAACGAUGUCAUUGGUUGAUUGAUUGAGUGUUUAAAACAAUUUUGUGUUAGAAAAAUGUUUGUAAUAUAUAUCGUUAGCACCUAUAUAAUUUGACAAUACUACUGUUUUUAACUUCUUUUUUUUACCAAUUUUUCAAUUAUUGUUUUUCCGACAUCAAUGCUAGUAAAAAAAGUGAUUGGUAGAAUUUAGAUCUGUCACGAAAAGAUUUAAUUCUCCUUUUUUAAAUGGACGAGUGCACAUACAUAUCUUUGUUGCACACCUUGCAAAAGUUGUUUGGAAAACUUUAAAACAAAUCGAGAUCUACGGGGGAGUGGAUUGCUUUUGUUUUUGUGUAAGUAUCCUUCUUAUGCAUUAUGUUCUUGCUCAUCCCAUGUUUGGAUACGUCAAAAAAUGUGCACUGCUAAAUUAUUUUUCUGAUAUAAUCAGCAUCAUGUUUGUUUAUUAUGAUUACCUCACGAGAAGAAAUUUUUGCAGAAAGAUUGUGGACUUAAAGUUUUCGAACAAGACCUCGAAAAUUGUGCAAAAUGCGGAAUAAAAAAAUUACAAAUUCAACAUUAUUGUUGAAAUUGCGGAAUUUAAGAAUUGGUAACCUCAUCUAUAAAUUUAAAGUUAAGGUACAUAAAUAGAAAUCAUUUCUGCUGUUUGGAAAUGUCUUUUGAGGCAUAGAAGUAUAUACUUAAAAUUUUUACUGUAUUUUCAACAGUUUAGACUUAUUAUGACGUACAAAUUUACAUUUGCUUUUUUACGAGUUUUUAUCUGGCUUAGCGCAAAAAAUUUAAACUAGAUCACGUUCUUAUAUGUGCCAAGACUAUAGAAGCAAAUAGUUUAGACAAUAUGCUAAAUUUAAAAUUUGAAAUUUCUCAAGAUUAUAUCUUCUUUCAAAUUUUAUUUUACCGAAAGCAAAUUUAAAACUGCGCGAAAAUGAACAUGCGCAAUUUAUUGACAUGCGCUAAUUUCCGCACAAGUAUGGUAUAUGUAUCUAUGAAGUUUGGACCAGUAUAAAGUAUAAUCAUUUAUCUGCAAAAGACUUCUUAAACAAAAUUAUUUUUGUCGAGGUGUUUAUUUGUUAACUUAAUUGUCCUUUUACACUUCGGCAGUUGUAUGUGUUUGUUACAACCUCGUCCCCAGGGUCUUGUGGCCCCUGAGCCGUUAUUACGGAGCGGCAACUUCAUCAACAAGGCAAAAUGCCUGGGAACGAGGUUGUGUUUGUUAGAGACCUAAAUUUUUACAACGUUUGUAAAUAUUCACCUAGACUUGUCAAUUUUGACUAUAAUUUAUUUUUCAGUUUUAUUUUCUUUCACUGUUCUGUUUUCUUUUAUUUAUCAAUUUAGUAUUAGUGAAUUGAUUUUUGCAAGAAACUUUACAAUAAACUUUCGCGAAAAAUGUUUGUGUUUUUAAGUGUAGGUGACAUGAAAACUGCCGUGCUGAUAUUUGCAAUUUGUUAUAUUGGCGCUCGCAAAAUUAAAAGGAAAAAGUGAGUGUAAAUGGUAUUUUAAGAAAGCAAAAGUUUCCUAAUAGUUUUACGUUUGAACUAAUUAUCGUGAUAAAUCUUAAAAAUUAAUCCCUGCAAAAAUUAUAUCCUUGCAUGUAUUAUCACAUUGUAGGAAACCGAUAUGUCAUAAUGGUUAAGCUUUUAUUUUAACGUAAGUUAUUUCAAUUUUUAUUAAGACGACAUUAAAUACAAUGGAAUAAAUAUUGUGUUUUCAAUAUUUUUCUAUUCUCUCCCUGCAAUUGCAAACAUGCUGCUCUUCUCCAGGCUUUAUGUUCACGAGAAAACUUUAAUUUUAACCUUAUAAAAAGUCUGAAGGAAAUGGAUUUAUUUACUUCAAUGUUCGCAACUUUCAUGGUG